AUGGCCGCUAAGAUUGAUGGCACGGCAAUUGCCAAAGCCAUUCGCCAGGGUCUCAAGACUGAGAUUGAGGAGACUCAGAUUGCCAACCCCCGGUUCAAGCCUAACCUAAUCAUUUUUCAAGUCGGCAACCGAUCGGAUUCCAGCACCUAUGUGCGCAUGAAGCUGAAGGCCGCCCAAGAGGCCAACAUCCUUUGCACUCUGAUCAACAUUCCCGAGACCAGCACCGAGCUGGAGCUCCUCCAGGAGAUUACCAAGGCCAACAAUGACCCCACCGUUCACGGUAUCCUGGUUCAGUUACCCCUCCCCUCCCACAUGUCCGAGCACAGCAUCACCUCUGCCGUCUCUGAUGAGAAGGACGUGGAUGGAUUCGGUGCUGUCAACAUUGGUGAGCUGGCCAAGCGUGGUGGCCGCCCACACUUCACCCCGUGCACUCCGCUUGCAGUGAUGGAGCUGCUCAAGGCCAGUGGAGUUGACCCCUCAGGCAAGCAGGCUGUAGUCCUGGGACGUAGCGACAUUGUUGGCAGCCCAGUCAGCUUCCUGCUCCGCAAUGCCCACGCCACCGUCACGGUCUGCCACUCUAAGAGUGCCGACAUCCCAAGCAUCGUGAAAAAUGCUGACAUUGUCGUCGCCGCUAUUGGAAAGACCGAGUAUGUGAAGGGUGAAUGGUUGAAGCCAGGCUGCGUUGUGAUUGAUGUUGGCAUCAACUACAAGCCUGAUGCGACCAAGAAGUCUGGUGAGCGCCUAGUCGGAGAUGUGGACUUCGAGUCUGCUUCCCAGGUGGCCUCGCAAAUCACCCCGGUCCCCGGUGGUGUGGGCCCUAUGACAGUUGCCAUGCUGCUGAAGAAUGUGGUCCAUGCUGCCAAAUCAUACUUCGAGAAGCAGAAGGACCGUCGCAUUACUCCACUACCUAUUCGUAUUCAGACUCCCGUCCCGUCGGAUAUCGCCAUCUCUCGCGCUCAAUACCCCAAGCCAAUUACUCAGGUUGCUGCUGAGGUUGGCGUUGCGCCUCAUGAGCUGGAGCCCUACGGUCACACCAAGGCCAAGGUUGGGCUUGAGGCCUUGGACCGUCUCUCUCACCGUCGCAAUGGACGUUACAUUCUGGUUGCCGGUAUCACCCCUACUCCUCUGGGUGAGGGCAAGUCGACCACUACUCUUGGUCUUACUCAGGCUCUUGGAGCUCACCUGAACCGUAUCACCUUUGCCAACGUUCGUCAGCCUAGCCAAGGACCCACCUUUGGUAUCAAAGGUGGUGCUGCCGGAGGUGGCUACAGUCAGGUCAUUCCUAUGGAUGAGUUUAACCUGCACUUGACAGGUGACAUUCAUGCGAUCACUGCCGCCAACAACCUGCUUGCUGCAGCAAUUGAGACCCGCAUGUUCCAUGAGAGCACACAGAAGGACGGCCCUCUCUACAGCCGUCUGGUGCCCGCCAAGAAGGGCAAGCGCGAGUUCCAGCCUAUCAUGUACCGUCGCCUGAAGAAGCUGGGUAUCGAGAAGACCAACCCGGAUGAGCUUACCGAGGACGAGAUCCGCCGCUUUGCUCGUCUGGACAUUGACCCUACCACUAUCACUUGGCGUCGUGUUCUUGAUGUCAACGACCGUCACUUGCGUGGCAUCACCGUUGGUGAGGCUCCUACUGAGAAGGGUCUUUCUCGCGAGACUGGUUUCGAUAUCUCCGUUGCCAGUGAGUGUAUGGCGAUCCUUGCUCUGAGUAACGACUUGGCGGACAUGCGUGAGCGCCUGGGCCGUAUGGUGGUCGCUACCUCCCGCAGCGGUGACCCAGUCACUUGUGAUGACAUUGGCGCCGGUGGUGCUCUUGCUGCCUUGAUGAAGGAUGCCAUCAAGCCCAACCUCAUGCAGAGCUUGGAGGGAACUCCCGUUUUGGUCCAUGCUGGCCCCUUCGCAAACAUCAGUAUUGGCGCUAGCUCCGUCAUUGCCGAUAAACUGGCCUUGAAGUUGGCCGGUACCGAGCCCGACGAGGACCACGAUGCCAAGACUGGUUUCGUCGUGACUGAGGCUGGUUUCGACUUCACCAUGGGUGGUGAGCGCUUCUUCAACAUCAAGUGCCGAUCAUCGGGUCUCUCUCCCGAUACCGUGGUCAUCGUGGCUACCGUCCGCGCCCUGAAGGUGCACGGUGGCGGUCCCGAUAUCAAGCCUGGUGCUGCUCUGCACGAGGUUUACCGCACUGAGAACGUCGAUAUUCUCCGUAAGGGUUGUGUCAACCUGCGCAAGCACAUUUCCAAUGCCCGGCAAUACGGCGUGCCGGUUGUCGUGGCCAUCAACAAAUUUGAGACUGACACCGAGGCUGAGAUUGCUGUCAUCAGGGAGGAAGCGAUCGCAGCCGGUGCCGAGGAUGCCAUCCCCGCCAACCACUGGGCUGAGGGUGGAGCCGGCGCCGUUGACCUGGCUAAGGGUGUUCUGGUCGCCAGCUCCAAGCCCAAGGACUUCAAGCUGCUCUACGACCUGAAUGGCAGCAUCCAGGAGCGCAUUGAGCGCAUCGGCAAGGAAAUGUACGGCGCCGAGAAAGUGGAGUUUAGCGAGCUCGCACAGAAGAAGGUUGAUACCUACACCCAGCAAGGAUUUGCCAAUCUGCCUAUCUGUAUUGCCAAGACCCAGUACUCUCUCAGUCACGACCCUGCCCUGAAGGGUGCACCAACCGGAUUCACUGUACCAAUUCGGGAUGUCAGACUAGCCGUGGGCGCUGGAUAUCUUUACGCUUUGGCUGCCGACAUCCAAACUAUCCCUGGUCUGCCUACUGCACCGGGCUACCUGAAUGUAGACAUUGACCCAGAGACUGGUGAGAUCGACGGUCUGUUCUAG